AUGGCGAACGAGCUGGACAGAGUGCGAAUCUCAGCUGCGGAACUCAGAGCUUCAGCGUCGAAUUCAGUCGAUAUUACUGAUUGUCAGAAAGAGGAGCAGGAGGAGCAUCUAGUAAACAAGCAGCAUAGGAAGUGUGAAGUAAAGCGCCCUGAACUGCAGCGCUACCAGCCAGUAGCUGGACAUGGACGGUCUCACCGUGACAGUGAAGAGGGAGACACUGGUCAAAGUGAUCCCCUGGCCGCUGAUUCACAGGAUCAUGGUCAACCAUCACAGAGAAAGAAAAGGGGAGACUUAGAGAGACAUGGUUUCACAGAUGAUGGGGCAGGCACCAAAAAAAGGGAAGAAGACCGGAUGAGAGGUGACGGCAGUAACACUCAGAACUGUAAAAAGGGCUCUCACUCACAGUCUAAAUCAGAAGCAAAUCUAGAGAAAGGCUUUGUUGAAAACGACAGAGAACACCAGGAUGCUGCAGGAGCUGCUAAGCCAACACGGAAAGCCCGCAAACCAGACCGAGAAUUGUAUCAGCCUGGGAGUCGGAGGAGCACCCAGGGAAAGGACUCUGGUGUUGGAAAAGAGCAGGAUAUGCCUUCCCCCGGGCAAAAUGAGCAGAAAACUGAGCCAGAAUCCCAGUUGAGUACAGGGGGAAAUGAGGACAACAAAAAAACAUCCAUACAGACGCAGGAAGGGAAAGCUAAAGAAGAAAAAGGUCUACUGGAAAGCAUAAAAUCGUCUAAAUCCAAUGAAACAAACAGAAAGCAUGGAAGCCGAGAUGUGGAAAAAAAACCAUUACCUUCUGAUGCUUCAGUGGAGAAAAUUACUAGCAAAGUCGAACAACUCUGUGUGAAAGAACGGGGUAAAGCGGGAUGUGAAGGCCAAGCCCUUGAAGAGUUAAGUUGCAGGAGAGGGGAAACAACUGAUAAGGAAAGAAGAGACCAAGGGGGAGGAACAAAAGAGGAGGACGAAAGGGUAGAGAAAAAGAGGGAACGGGGAAACCGCAGGAGAAGAGGGGGGGAUAAGGAAAAAGAGAGGAACCAGGAUUCCAGAAGAAGAGAAGAUGAAGCGGGUGGUGGAGGAAAGAGCAACCAGGGGAAAGCUGAGAAGGAAAGAGAGAGAGACAGGAGAGCACCAGAAGGAGACAGAGAUAACAAAGCUGGUAAGACAGGAGACCCACAACAAAGCAAAGGACGAGAGAAUCGCAGAGAAAGCAGAAGAGGAGACAACAACAACCAAUCCAGAGACGCUGAGAAAGAUUCCAAGACGGAAAGAAAUUCAGACAGGGCUGUUGAAAGAGGCGAUAGAAACAAAUCCAAUGCAAACAUCACAACAGCAACCUCAAAGCGCUAUUCCAAAUCAGAUAUUCGGCGUUCACGGAAUCGAACUUACAGCAGUAGCUCAGCUAGCAGUGUGACCAGCCUGGAUGGUCCUCGACUAGUGAUGGAUGUGGAGCGUACAAAGUGUACCCGAUUGCAGCCUAUGCACAAUAACAAAGAGGGGACGGCUAAAGGUGGAGAAGGACGACGGAGUCAUUUACCAAGCUGGACAGCCAAUGGGGAAUCCUCUACAGAAUCACCGGAAGGGAGUGAGAUGAGUGACAUAGCUGAAGAUAGAAGGAGGAGAAGAGGUGCGGAAGAAGAACUAAGUGCAGAGAGGCGGAGGGAAGAAAGGAACAGACCGAGGGGAAACAAAGGUGGAGGUCGGGGAAUCCUUAGGGUUUCUCUAGAAAAAACGUCUGGUAUCGCGUCACAAAGCGGGAUGUCACAACAACGCAAGCCAGCCUUGGUUCCUCGCGGCAGAGGUGGAGGUAUCUUGGUUCUUCCAGCUCGCACAGACAUUUCUUAUUCACCUGAGGUUGGGCAAAGGCUUCUUUUUGGUGGAAUGAGGGGAGGAGGAGCUGGCCGGAGUAGAGGAGGCAGAGGAGGAGUGAGACGACUCUGGGAUCCCAAUAACCCCGACCAAAAACCUGCUCUUACCAGCUCCCAGUCCUCACAGCACUUAUCUCUCCAACAGCCUAUAUAUCUUCAGACAGGGACUGGAUAUGGACAACUUCACUUUCUGGACACAGACGAUGAGGUAGCAGGCAGUCCACCGGUCCCGCAGGGUGAGCACUUUCGAACCCAGCAGGCUGCUGCCAUGGCCUACUACAAAUUCCAAAACUCUGACAACCCCUAUUGCUACCCCAUGUCCACCAGCAACUCACAUAGUCCUGGCACUACCACCAACCAGCGCUAUCCGUAUCCUUAUCAUAUGGGGCCCUACCAAAUCGCUGCCCCUAAUGGUGUGUACCCAGGUCCUGGUGUGGGUCAGUUCUGUGGGAGUUACAGGGGAGCAGGGUAUUCCCAGCCUGGUGCAGGAGGAAGUUUGACAUUUGAAGAGGUGGAGCAACAAGCCAGAGGAGAGAUGGGGAGGCUGCUGAGGGCUGCGGAUACACAGGAGCUCCAGCUCAGUAACCUGCUGUCCAGGGACAGAGUGAGUGCUGAUGGACUGGAUCGCAUGGCCCAGCUCAGAGCUGACCUUUUGGGGCUAUAUGAGCAGAUCAUCCUGACAGACAUCGACUUCUCAGACUCUCAGAGCGUCGAUCAGGCUUUGUGGAAGAAUGUCUUUUACCAGGUCAUAGAGCGCUUCCGGCAGCUACUUAAAGACCCCACAUGUGACAACACCCCUCAUAUCAGAAACAUGCUGCUUACGCUGCUUGAUGAGGGGGCACUUUUCUUUGAUGGGAUGCUUCAGAAGCUGCAGACAGUGUACCAGUUUAAAUUAGAGGAUUACAUGGACGGCAUUGCUAUCAGGGCUCGGCCAUUACGGAAAACGGUGAAGUAUGCUCUUAUUAGUGCACAGCGUUGCAUGAUUUGUCUGGGAGAUAUAGCACGUUACCGGGAACAAGCCAGUGACUCGGCUAACUAUGGCAAGGCUCGCAGCUGGUACCUGAAAGCCCAGCAGAUUGCACCCAAAAAUGGACGACCAUAUAACCAGCUGGCCCUGCUGGCUGUCUAUACAAAACGGAAGUUGGAUGCUGUGUAUUAUUACAUGCGCAGCUUGGCAGCUUCCAACCCCAUCCUGACGGCAAAGGAAAGCCUGAUGAGUCUUUUUGAAGAAGCUAAGCGCAAGGCGGAGCAGCUUGAGCGAAGGAGGAGGCAGGAGCAUGAAGGAGGCUCCAGGGGGCCGGCAGUAAAAGGAAGAGGAAGAGGGGAAGAUGGAGCACGUGUGGAAAUUUGGAUUCGUACUAGUAGACAAGCGGCGACCCCAUCCUCUCAGAGGGGAGGUAGUGAAUCCAGCAGAGACUCUGAACAGGAUGGAGAGCUGGGAAGUCUAAGCGCUAGUGAUCUUAAUAAGAGAUUCAUUCUGAAUUUCCUGCAUGCACAUGGAAAGCUUUUCACUAAAGUGGGCAUGGAAUCUUUCCCUGAAGUGGCGAGCCGUGUUCUGCAGGAGUUCAAGACGCUGCUCCAGCACGGCCCCUCCCUACUGGGCUUCAACCACAUGCUGCAGAUCAUCUCCAUCAACAUGUUCACCAUACACAAUGCCCACAGCAGAGGUGAAGAAGGAGAAGUGCGGUCCGUUUUACAGGAUCAAAGCACGGCCCUGGGCCUCGGCAUGUUCGCACUACUGGUGCAGCGCUGCACAGAGCUGCUCAGGGAUACUCCUGCAGAACCAGUCCCCAUGGCAGAUGGAGAGGAGGAGGGUAAAAGGGAGGAGCUGGAGGGUAUGGUGCGGGUCUCUGCCUUUCCAUUGGACCUUAAAGAACUACUGCCGAGUAUCAAGGUCUGGUCUGACUGGAUGUUGGGGCAACCGGACCAGUGGAACCCACCACCCUGCAGCAUAGAUUGCAGCCCUGAUGUUUGGCAGUGCCUGGCUGACCUGUGUAACAUGCUGGCACGUGUAGACCACGAGGAAGUGCCGCUGUACAAAGUCGACACAGAAGAAGUUGAGGGAGAUGAGGAGUUGACUGUGCUGCAAUUGAAGGAGGACCGGCUGCUUGCUGGCUUUGUCCCACUGCUCGCUGCACCACAGGAGCCUUGUUACACAGACAGACACACUGACAUGGCAAUAGCAGCAGAUUGUAAGAGAGUGACGGUGCUGAAGUACUUCCUGGAGGCUUUGUGUGGACAGGAGGAGCCUCUGUUGGCCUUCAAGGGAGGCAAAUACAUAUCUGUGGCAACUUCUCCAACUAACAACUCAAUGGAUACAAGGAGCAGGCAGGAUUCUUUAACAGAGAAAGAGGCUGAUGAUGUCAUAGUCGAGGCGGAGUCGUCUCUCUCCGCAUCAGAAGGAGAGGAUGAGGCGGGAGACAGUGAGAACGACAUAAGACAGCUGAAGGCGCGACGCCACGUCCUCACAAACAAACUGGCACAGCAACAGAAGCGCAGGGAUAAAAUACAGGCGGUGCUGCAGACAGGCGGGCAGUUGGAGCUGGAAGUGAGGCCUCUCUUUUUGGUUCCAGAUACCAAUGGAUUCAUUGAUCACUUGGGGGGGUUGAAGAGACUCCUUCAGUGUGGAACAUACAUAAUAGUUGUGCCACUCAUCGUGAUUACAGAGUUGGAUGGCUUGGCUAAAGGCCAGGACAACUUUGGUGGAGGAGUGGGGUCAGGAGGACGGAGCACUGGCGGUCGUGGCAACUAUAAUGUGAGUGCGGCCCAUGUGCGGGCCGUGCAGGAGAAGGCCCGGCUGGCAGUUUCUUUCCUGGAGAAAGGAUUCGAAGCCAGGGAGCCGUACCUCCGAGCCCUGACUAGCAGAGGAAAUCAGCUUGAAUCUAUUGCCUUCCGCAGUGAAGACACCUCUGGACAGAAGGGUACCAAUGAUGAUGUGAUUCUGUCCUGCUGCCUCCACUACUGCAAAGACAAGGCAAAAGAUUUCAUGCCUGAUCAGAGAAAUGGGACAGUGAGGCUGCAGAGGGAGGUGGUUCUCCUUACCGAUGACCGUAACCUGCGCGUCAAAGCUUUGACACGCAACGUCCCAGUGCGAGACAUCCCCGCUUUCCUCAGCUGGGCCAAAGUGGGCUGAACCAGGCUAAGCUGGAAUCAAAUGAACCCAACUGCUGAAGCCUGCUUGCCACUCAGCCACGAGAGAAGACACACUUAAGCAGAGAAAGAAGAAGGGGUGAUAACAAGAGAGAGGAAAUGAUAAAGAGAGCGUAGAAACACUUCAUAUGAAAUACAAGCAAUGAGAGAGUGGUGGUUUCAAUGAGCCUUUCACCCUUGUGAUGAAGUGUGCGUGUGUGUAUGUAUGUGUUAAGAUCAGUGGGCUUCCCCAGAAAGAAGCAGGGAGACUUGACAAGUCUCAGGACGGCUGGACUGGAAGGGAGGAAAGAGGUAAAAAAUGGAGUAGAUGGAUUUGUAAGAUGUCUGGUCCAGCCUUGAGUAUCUGCGCCUAGUUGGUGAGUGUGUGUACUCCGCAAGCAGUGUUAAAAUUUGAGGCUGAUGGUAGAAUGAGACAGAGAGGAGUGUUUAUGGUCAUUUAAUUGAUUAAAGACAACCGUAAUGAAGGCCAUAACUGGCACUUCCGCACUUCUCAUAGGGCCCAGUUGCAUAGACGGCUUUGGCCUCUACAGCGGAGCUGAGAUAAAGGUAGGAGGAGAGAAGCACAGCUGGAGGAUCUUUGUCAGUAAAGAAAAAAGUGGCUGAUUGUAGUGAGGGUUCAUUGAGCCCUUGUGCAACUUCAGCACCUCCAAGUAAUCAGUUUCAGGUAUGAUAUUUCCUGGAAACUCGGGAACUGCUUAAUGCCUGUUUGGUAACUUGGGUUGGUCCUCCAGCUUGAUGCUAAUAUUAAGUCCGGAUACUGUCAGGACAUAUUUUGAUAAAGUCAACCACAACAAAAAAACAUUGAUUCAAACUUACUCUUUUCUUUCUCAUUUGUAAAAAGUUUUGUUUCCUUUUUCGUGGCCAUUUCUCCAUUUUGUUGACUCUGAUAAUAAGCAUUGGCAAACAUUUCUCAAAAUCAGAACCAGCAUUUUAUCAACAGUUCUUUUCACAAAUCUGGGUACGAAUGUAUAUGUGAAUAAUUAUUUGUUUCUGUUUUUGAGCAGCACAACAGAUGCAUGAUAUUUGAUUUAUCAAGACUACUCUGUUGGUUUGUAGUGAGUUUUCAGUUGCAGAAUUAAAAGCUACAUUGACUAUCUUUAUGGGAUUUAGCCCUUUGAACGAAAUUCCACCCAUUAACAUUUAAAAGAAAACAAAACAAUAUAAAAUUAAAAGUUGCAAAUGCUGUUUGACCCAGGUCUGAUUUAGACAGCCAUGAGGUUAGAAGAGGGCUUGGUCUCUGAAAUUGAAUUGCAGAUGUUAUUAUCAAGUACAAUCUGUGUCUAUUUUUCUUUAUUUUCUGUUCAUCUUUACACUCAGUCUUUAACUGCUUUUCAGUUCCUAAUCACCAAUACGUUUUCCUCGUCAGUGUGUGAUUUUCCUUAACUUUUUUCAAGGUAACGUACACACUUUUAUUUUGUCAAAAUAAGAUAAAUUAGUGAUGCCACCACAAAUUACAGCAUAAAACAUUUCCAUCAAGUUCAAGCAACACUUCACCCAUACGCUGUAAACAAACAUUCACAUCACAAUGGUAAUAAUUGUUUGUUUGCUUGCUCUGCAUUGGUAGAGAUGCUGACUUAUAGUGCAUGUUUCUGUGUGUGAGAAGGUGUCUUGACGCUCAAAAAAAACAUGUAAUCUGCACCUAUGUGCUAUUGUUAUGUUGUAUCUUACAAAACUGAUUCACUCAUCACAGUUUGAUCGUAUGGAUUGAAUAAUACUGUAUGUAGAAGUGGCAACCUUGCUUUGUAUUUGUCCUGUACCUUUUCAGCUAGAAUUUCCAUCAGCAGUUGAUGUUUAAGUAUUUGUCAUUCAAGUUAAUUCGUUCUUUUCAGACCCUCUUUUCUGAUGCUACUGUAGUGUGUAGCAAUCUACUGUGUUAAGUGGCUCUGCUGCAGUGUUUAAGUGUUUAACACAUUAAUUACAUAUUCAUCCUCAAUCAUUAAAAACGUUUUCAA